AUCAGAGCUGGUCGUGGUGGCAGCCAUCGCACACGCUCAACUCGUGAACGAUUCCGAUUUUACAUAAGACUCCAUGAAUUAUUGAUCAGUUCCUAAGAUGAACGAACGUCUACGUUAACGGUAGAUCCAGACUCUUGAAACACACUUUCGAAACGUCAACAUGUCUCGGUUUUUUCGUGGCGAUUAGACCGAACGCGACGGUGAAACUUCUACGUGCGAUUUUCGUCAAUAAAGUGUUGAAACUGAUGGUCAGCAUGACGCCCUACGUGAAUUUCAGCUCGGCUUCAUCGAAGAACAUUGGGAAUCCGAGGCCCAUCUACAAAAACCUGUGUUUCGUAAGUGUUCUAUUCGCUUUCGUGGUUGGUCUACUGCUCGGGAUCUUUCUGCCCUUGGUGUACUUCAGGAGCUCUUCGAACUCCACCAGUUUGUUACCGCCCAUCAACGAGACGUCCGAGAUACGAAGUGUCUUUAUGAGCAACAGUUUCAGUGCCAAGAACCUCAGUGAAAUCAACAGUUACCCUACGGUAUCCUUCGUGGAGAAUUUCAAGGCUGUGGAGGAGGAGAAGGAUGGGAAGUUGAUAAGGAACGGGAUUUAUUGGGGUGAUUUGGUCGAGAAAUCCCUGCCUGAGGGUUACAAGGAGAAGAAACACGCCCUUUGGAGGAACUACGUGGAUAAAGCUGUCGCAGUUAAGAUGGAGACGGGUUGUGGGAGGAUGCAGAACCGUUUGGUGGUCUUCCAGGACGGUCUUAAAGGCUGCGUGCGUUACAGACAGAACACCGACCAAAUCCAAGGAGAACUGUUCAGUUUCUACCUGGCGCAAAUACUGAAACUCCCGAAUUUAGCGCCCAGCACAGUCAGUAUAGUCGACUUGAAAUCACCACUAUGGUCCAACGUCCGCAACGAGAUAGCCUCAGCCCAGUGGAACUCCAACAGGGCCAUAGUCCUAACCCAGUUCAUCUCGGAUUUGGGCACGGCGAACAUCCCUGACGUGUUCAGACCGACUGAGAGACACCUGAACAAGUUCGACGUGCUGAACAUGACCAAGAACGAAGUACGCGAAGCCGUGGACCUGACCAGGACCCUCGUGGAGCUCGCCCAAUGGUCCGACCUCAUCAUCUUCGACUACUUGACAGCGAACCUGGACAGGAUCGUGAACAACCUUUACAAUUACCAGUGGAACGCGAACAUAAUGGACGCACCGGCCCACAACCUCGCCAAAAAGUCGGACGGCGACCUGCUCGUCUUCCUCGACAACGAGUCCGGACUGUUGCACGGGUACAGGCUGCUCAAGAAGUACGAGGUGUACCACUCGGUGCUCCUGGAGAACCUGUGCGUGUUCAGGAAACAGACGGCGGACGUGAUCAGGGAGCUCAGGACCAGGGGUGACGUCGGGAGGCUGCUCAGGGAGAGGUUCGAGACGCAGAACAGUGCCGCGAUCAAAGACAUACUCCCGUCGUUGCCGGAAAAGAGUGUCAAGGUACUGAACGAACGUAUCGAGAAGGUUUACGCUCAGAUAUCCAAGUGCGAGUCGAUUUACUCGGACGAUGGCAACGCGUAGUGGUGUUUUAGGAUCUUAUUCCGAUUCGAUUGCGACACAUUGGAUGGUCAAGUAAGUAAAUCAACCCGUGUGUGGAACGGCCUGUUUGGUUUAUGUUAAUUCCGAUCCGUGGACCCAGGUUCUGACAUAUGUUAAACAUCGAACAGACUAACCGUCUCUCUCUCUCUGUCUCUCCGGCAAUUUUCGGUAUAAUUUUAUAACUUGUUCCUUAGCCGGACGCGUUUAAUUUAUUUUAUUUAUUGUUGUUUCGAACGUUGAUAGUUCUCUAUGUUCCCAUUAACGAUUUGUAUCCAGAUUGGUCCGUUUUGGCUUUUUGGUAUUGGAGUUUGUUCGCAGAUGCUGGUUUCGACAAAGGUCCUUAAAGGUCUUUUGUUAGGAUAGUCCGUAGUGACACCUUCGAACGGAGCGAUAGAAAAUUGAAUGAAUGAAUGGAUUGUAAAGCUCUGUGUGUUCGUUUUCCACGUAGUCUUUUGUGUUGUGGAAUGCGUAUAGAAUUCACAACAAUCUGAAUAGAUGUGGCGUUCUGGAAGACACAAAAUCGAAUAUAUUUAACUAGGAAUCGAACGAUUCUAGUCGAUGAAUGACAGAUAGAUUGAGGCAUUCACCAAAUUAUCAGAAAUAUUAAAAAAUUAACAGUUUUACAGGGUGUUAUAAAAUAUUUGCGAAAGUUUUCAGAGAAUUGUUCCUUGUGGUAAAUUGAAGAGGUAUUUCUUCUAAAUUGAAGCUCUUGGACUCUCCUUGAUUUCAAAAAUUAGUAAAAAAAUAUUAUUAUAUUUUUUUAUUGGCUGGACUUACUGGACAGUUGAAGGAGUGGCAUUUUGUUGGCAUGUUGUACCAAUAAAAAGGGUAUCUAUAAAUAUGUUCUCAAUUUUGUUGAAAAAUAUAACCCCUUUUCCAUUUUUUACAAGAAGUUUCGUAUUAAACGAAAUUUCUCAAGUUGAAGAUAUGUGUUGAAAAAACGAUUCAUUGCAAUAAUCCUCUAUGACUGGGAAUGCAAAAAUC